AUGGCGUCUCUGAAAACUAGAUUGGAACACGCCAUCACUCCCGCUGCACUCAGAUCUUAUCUCGCAGAGUUCCUCUCCACUUUCUUCUUCGUCUUUGCCGCAGCCGGUUCCGCCAUGUCCUCGAGGAAGAUGUCGACGCCGGAAGCAGCAAUAACUGAUCCGUCUAGCCUGGUAGCCACGGCAAUUGCAACCGCCUUUGCAUUGUCAGUGGCGGUUUAUGUCGCCAUUAAUGUUUCCGGUGGCCAUGUGAAUCCUGCGGUGACGUUUGCAAUGGCGGUGGGAGGACACAUCAGCAUCCCGUUGGCCAUCUUCUACUGGAUUUCUCAAAUGUUUGGCUCUGUCAUGGCCUGUUUGGUUCUGAAAAUCCUUACUGUUGGACAGCAUGUUCCGGUUCACGGGAUUCCGUCAGAAAUGACAGGAUUUGGGGCAUCGAUUCUCGAAGGUGUGAUGACAUUUGCGUUGGUCUACACUGUUUAUGCUGCCGGAGACCCAAGGCGUGGUGCCUUUGGAACCAUUGGACCAUUGAUGAUCGGGUCAAUAGCCGGAGCCAACGUGUUGGCUUCAGGUCCGUUUACCGGCGGAUCAAUGAACCCGGCAUACUCGUUUGGGUCUGCCGUUACUGGUGGAAGUUUCAGGAACCAAGCGGUUUAUUGGGUCGGACCGUUGCUUGGUGGAGCCGUUGCGGGUAUAGUGUAUGAUAAUGUGGUGUUUCCUGCUCAGUCACCGGAGGAUUCUAUCCGCGGAAUUACCGACGGUAUCGGUGUUUAAGUUGUUAAUCACCAUCUUAACCCCUUAAGACUAAAU